GCAUGGCAGUCAGCCUACGGGCUGGACUCCCCCUCUCUUCUGCCGCCCAAGGCCAUCUCCCUCGCGCGCAACCUCCCGCCGCCCGCACACCUGGAGGACUGCACCGCCCGCACGUCCGCCAGACAGGGCGCCGAGAGGGCCGGGGCGGCGUGGGCGGUGCCGGGCGGCAACGGCUCGUCCUGUUGUGGAUGCUCCCCGCAGCCACCAUGGGUAUUUGGCCCCGACGACAACAACUUGGCCCUCACGCGCACAGUGCAGCGGGACAUCUGGCUCUCUCAGUUCCCCCCGGGCUCCUGUGAUGGAAAACGCCUGCUCAUUGUGCCCUGGGUGCUGGAGAGUGGUUCGGAGGGAUUGGGAGGUGUGGAGGGGCUGGCUCUGCAGGUGCAUGUGAUGGGUGCGCUGCUGGGGUUGGCGGUGGAGACAGGGCGAGUGCUUGUCCCCCUCUCUGGCUCCUUUAGCUAUGCCAACAACUCCGCCUGCAAAGCCAUGGGGCAGCACGGCCAGUGGGGGUGCUACUUCUCCCCCAUCGCCUCCUCCGACUGCGCCAAGCGCGCACAGAAGGAGAUGCAGAGCGGUUCACUGCGGUCGCGGUGCAGCGGCAGGCACAUCCGCAACGUGGCUCUUUCAGCGGAGCCCAUAGUCUGUCUGCACCCCGACUUCGACCACAACGAACUCAAACUGCACGCUGCUGUCGUCACCAAAUGGGGAGCGCCCCACCUGCAGCGUCCAGAUACACUGUACCGCCCAACAUGCCGCCCCCCCACUCCUGACAACCCCUCCCUCUCCGUGCCUCAGGUGCGUUGGUGGCGAGCCCAGGCCACCCGAUUCCUCAUGCGCUGGCCCUCCCUGCAUCUCUGCCACGUCACCAACCUCAUCCGCCACGUCAGCAUCAGCCACCACGUGGCUGCCAGGCUGGCAUUCUUUGAGGACACGCAGGCAGAGAUCAUAAGAGACGUGGCUGCUGACACGGCAGGGGAAAGCGCCAGGUCAGAUGUGAGGAAGAGCAAACAGGCCAAGGAGUUACAAGGCAUGGAGUUGGGUAAAGGGGUGGAGAUAGAGAGUGUUAGCAAAGCUUCUUGGGCCACUAUAGGGGGGAGAUGCAGUGUGUGUGAGGAGGAAGGGUGGACAGGGGAGGUGAUGGGUGGAGGAGGGGGUGGAGAUAGUUGGGAUAUGCAAGCAGGGUUGAGUUUUGCUAAUGUGAAGAAGGCAGGGUUGGAGAAGAAAGAGAAGCAUGUGCUUUACUACGUGCAGAAGCAGAACAAUUUAGUGGUUGGGGUGGGUCGAGAGCCGUACGUCAUGCGGCCGCUAGCGAGCCUGAUUAUAGGGGGUACAUCUGGAGAGGGGAAUGGAGAGGGGAAGGGAGUAGCAGGUGGAGUCCGAGGAGAGGUGGAGAAGGAGGUGGAAGGGAGGAGAUUAGAGGAGGAAGAGGAUGAGGGAGUGGAGGGGGAGGGUGGUGCAGAGGGGAAUGGUGGAGAAGUGGGGAAAGAUGGAGCAGAGAAGAAAGGUGGAGCAGAGGUGAAGGCUGGAGCAAGCAUUGGGGCAGGAGGAGCAGGAGCGGGAGGGGCAGGAGCGGGAGGGGCAGGAGGGGGGGGAGGGGGCAGGGAGACUGGCAUGGUGAGCGCGCUCAUGUACCACGUGCAUCAGCUGCGACUGCUGGAACCCCACCUCGCCCACGUGUGGCUGCACACACCCUCCCAGUGCGUGCACUCCUGGUUCGCCCACUCGUCCUUCCAUUCCUGCCAUCACCUUCCCUCACCUGCCAUCACCUUCCCUCACCUGCCAUCACCUUCCCUCACCUGCCAUCACCUUCCCUCACCUGCCAUCACCUUCCCUCACCUGCCAUCACCUUCCCUCACCUGCCAUCACCUUCCCUCACCUGCCAUCACCUUCCCUCACCUGCCAUCACCUUCCCUCACCUGCCAUCACCUUCCCUCACCUGCCAUCACCUUCCCUCACCUGCCAUCACCUUCCCUCACCUGCCAUCACCUUCCCUCACCUGCCAUCACCUUCCCUCACCUGCCAUCACCUUCCCUCACCUGCCAUCACCUUCCCUCACCUGCCAUCACCUUCCCUCACCUGCCAUCACCUUCCCUCACCUGCCAUCACCUUCCCUCACCUGCCAUCACCUUCCCUCACCUGCCAUCACCUUCCCUCACCUGCCAUCACCUUCCCUCACCUGCCAUCACCUUCCCUCACCUGCCAUCACCUUCCCUCACCUGCCAUCACCUUCCCUCACCUGCCAUCACCUUCCCUCACCUGCCAUCACCUUCCCUCACCUGCCAUCACCUUCCCUCACCUGCCAUCACCUUCCCUCACCUGCCAUCACCUUCCCUCACCUGCCAUCACCUUCCCUCACCUGCCAUCACCUUCCCUCACCUGCCAUCACCUUCCCUCACCUGCCAUCACCUUCCCUCACCUGCCAUCACCUUCCCUCACCUGCCAUCACCUUCCCUCACCUGCCAUCACCUUCCCUCACCUGCCAUCACCUUCCCUCACCUGCCAUCACCUUCCCUCACCUGCCAUCACCUUCCCUCACCUGCCAUCACCUUCCCUAACCUGCCAUCACCUUCCCUAACCUGCCAUCACCUUCCCUCACCUGCCAUCACCUUCCCUCACCUGCCAUCACCUUCCCUCACCUGCCAUCACCUUCCCUCACCUGCCAUCACCUUCCCUCACCUGCCAUCACCUUCCCUCACCUGCCAUCACCUUCCCUCACCUGCCAUCACCUUCCCUCACCUGCCAUCACCUUCCCUCACCUGCCAUCACCUUCCCUCACCUGCCAUCACCUUCCCUCACCUGCCAUCACCUUCCCUCACCUGCCAUCACCUUCCCUCACCUGCCAUCACCUUCCACCCGAACGGCGCCGCCCCUCUCACAUCCACUCUACCUAGUUGCUCCGCCCCUGCCCUGCUCGCAUCUCCACCCUACCAUCCCCACUCUCCCAUGCCCCCUCCCCUAUCUCACACCAUUCAUCCCUCACUCCUUCCCCCCUGUUGCUCAAAACAUUUCCACCAGGCUCUGAUAACCAAGGCAUCCAACUACCGUGAUUGGACGUUCCUCCAUUCCACCAAUCAGACAAGCCCUGCACCCACCGCACAAGACUCAGGAGCAGCAGCAGUACCGACAACAGAAGCAAGGGCGCUGGCAAGCCUGCUGGUGGCGUCUCAGGGGGAUUUCUUUGUGGGCGGGCUCAGGUCGCACUGGGGAAGGCUGGUAAAUGAGUUGCGGUCCACUAACGGCCGCCUCUUUAAUGUGUUUGUUGCCAUGGAUGAUGAUGAAUGGUGA